AUGUCGCUGACGACCUUUCAGCAGUGCGGGUAUCUCCAUCUGUGUGAACAAACUGUUAGAAGUUUUUAUGAUCACUCGCAAACUAGUGAAACCUAUAAUAUUUUUCAUCUCAAGGUCGGUUGUCUCUCGCCUCAGGUCAAAGUCGAGCUUAAAAGGGUCGCCUCCCGCCUCGCUACCCACUCCGCCUCGUUAGUCCGCAUCGCCGACAUGACCUCUCUGGGCGCCGUGGUCCUCUUCGUUCUCCUGGCGGCCGCCGCUCCUCAGCCGGCGCCCGCGCCGCCAGGGCCCGCCGCCCGCCUCCUCUGGCUCUUCGAGCCUGCUCACAGCCCUACCCUCCCCUUGUCGUCGCAGUCCUGCGGGCGUCCUGUGGACUCCAGGAUCGUGGGUGGCUUGGAGGUCGCGGAGCAUCGGUGGCCGUGGGCGGUGAGCCUCCGUUCGUACCUAAAGGGGCACUUUUGCGGAGGUUCCGUGAUCAGCGCCAGGCACGUGCUGACGGCUGCCCACUGCGUCAGCCUCUUCUCUGUGCUGCCCUUCCUGAUGUACGUCGUGGUGGGCGGGCACAGCAUCCGAGACGGAGUUCGAAUGGGCGUGUCUCGCGUCGCUGUCCAUCCCGACUACGGCAGAACGGCGCCCUACGAAGCCGACUUGGCUGUCAUCACCCUGACCUCUGACCUGGUCUUCAACCGCAGCGUGGCGCCUGUGUGUCUCGCCUCCCGCGCCACGCACGCGCUUACGCGAGCCGUGGUUGUGGGUUGGGGCGCGACGGGGGAGUCGCGGCCGGCCGCCCGAGCCCUUCGCGAGGUCGCUCUCACCGUCCUGCCAGACGUCUCCUGCUGGCGGUACGGGCGGCUAUGGACGCCCACCAUGCUGUGUGGAGGCGACAGGGGCAAAGACGCUUGCCAGGGCGACUCGGGCGGUCCUCUCAUGGUGCAGACUGAAGGGGCGUGGCAGCUUGUGGGCGUGGUUAGCUUUGGGGCCGGGUGCGCCAGGCCUGGCUACCCGGGGGUCUACACACGCAUCCACAGCUACCGGCGGUGGAUCCUAGCAGCCGUUCCACUCAAGGCACUCGGCCCCUACAAAGUCGGGGGCGUGCGAGCCGUGGGUUGCGAAGUGGUGUGGGCAGCCUGUGGGGGAAUAGUCACCACGCCCAUCACUCAGCAGCAACGGUCGCUUAGCUCCUGCACCGAACAGCAGGCAGUAGGCAGUGCUAGCAUCUCCAGACAUCCGUCAGUGGGCACAGGGGAGCCUGGGAGUGCCAGUCUCUCGAGGCAAUCGUCAGAAAGCAUAGACAAGCUUAGUAGUGCCAGUCAGGAGGCAGUCGAUGAGGAUGCUCGUGCCACUCAGGUCGCCGAGAUCAAACAAGGGGACACUCUGGAGGACUCGGAAGGAAGCGGGGAGGAGCCAGGCGCCGGGAAGUCAAGAUACACCCCCUUGGAGACGCUGGCCAGCAUACAGGCCCUGGCGACGAGUCCAUGUGGGCGUUCGGUGGUCGUGGGCGGCAGGGACUUCAUGGGCAUGGGAAUGCUUGUGUGGAGGAGGUGGCCCUUGAAGGAUGAGUCUCGGGAGCAGGUCGUCAUGAGAGGUCAUGAGAUUCACCAGCUGGAGUUCAGUUCGAACGGCAAAUUCGUCGGAAUCCUUUCCACCCGCGAAUCCUCACACGAGGCGGACGGACGCAAGGCCGAGGACGAGGAGGAGGCAGGGGUCAAGGUAGAAGGCGAGGGUCAGCAGAGAGAUCAAACCGCCGGCGAAGGAGAGAAGAGGACGAAGGAAGGAGAGGCGGAGGAGAGAAAGAAGGGGAGAAAGGGCACGUCCGGAGAGAGAGGACACGAGCUCCUCUUGUCCCUGUGGAAGUGGCCAGAGAUGGACGAAGUAGGAGGAGCCGAGAGCCCCGUGGAAGCAGGCGUCCCCCAGCGCCUCGUGAUGACCAAAGUGACGCAGCUCAGGUCACACCAGGUCACGCGGAUGUCCUUGUCGCGCGGGGUACCAGAAAGCGUGCUGGCGGUGGUCAUUGCAGCCGAGGACGAGUUGUGGGUGUGGCGGCUGCAGGAGGGACCCUUAGGGCGGCGCCUCGUGUCCUCAACGAUAGGAUUCGGCCUCCUGCCUCCCGACACAGUUCUGACCACCUGGUGUCUCAGCGGGGACGCGUACGCGUUGGGCGUGGGCGGCGGCUGGGUCAUGGUGAGCGCGGGCGGCGAGGUUCGAGCGCGGAUGGGCGGCGCAGGACGAGGCGGCACCUGUCACGACGGCGCCCUCACCGACCUGUAUCUGCAUGGCUCGCACCUGUACACCAUCGGCGGAGACGGGUGGCUGCGAGUGUGGGAGGCCGAGACACUCGAGGAAGCGGCUGUGACAGCGGCCGGCAACACUGCCCACGAAGGCUGGUGUGAAACGGGAGUGAGGACAGUAUCCCUCCAGUUAGUGAGGGAAGUGUUGGUCCACGUCGGCCCGGGCGCCCCCGUCACCCUCAUCCCAGCCCUCGCGCCUCACCUGGUGUGGAUUCUGCAGACCGACUCAGGCGUGGUCUACGGGGUCUGGGCGCGAAAGUGGGCGGCUGAAGUGUUACAUCAGGGGCCGAGUGGGCGGGUCACGGGCGUUGCCAUGGCGACCACCCACACUCUCUUGGCUACGACGACCCAGCAUCGGUAUCUGCAGGUCACGCCCCUUCCCCUGGUGGGUCGAGCCUUUCAUGUACUGCAUGUCUAA